AUGUUUGAGCCAGAGAUUCUUCUAUUUCUGCAGUUUCUUCUGGUGGAUGCAACUUCUUGGGUGAGAUGUUCCAAUUGGCACCGGCUGUCAACUGGCAGUGAAUCAGGAGGGCGGGGCGAUGCUGACUCUUGCAAAUGUGUCGAGAUUGCACAAGGGAGGUUCGCGGGGGGAGUCGUUGAAGCUUGUGCGUCGGAAGCUCUCCAGCAUGCAGUGUCGGCGGAAACGGCUUGGAUCGUGUUCCACGUCGGCACGGACGAUGAAGCAUUGGGGCAAGGCCGCUGCAUCGUCGAACGUUGUUUUGGGCAGUGUGUUGGCGCUUCGCGUCAGAGGUAUGCAUCUUCGCUUGGGCACGAGGAGGAUCGCGAGGUGCGCAGCUUUGUACCACAGGAGAUGUGUCCGGAAGGAAGCUCCGUGAUCCUUCCGGAGUUGGGUGCUCUUGGGGGGGCGGAUGGAGUGCUCCGGCCCGAAGCAGCGGAGCUGGAGUUCCUCCGGCUUUUCGGCCCGCUGAAGCUUCAGAACCAGACGCUUCAGUCACUUCGCAUGGAGUGUAUCGAAACUGCACACCGAGCAGUUGCCAAAGUCUGCCUGCAAGAUGGCUGCGACGAGUGGAGCAAGUAUUCGCUGCCCCGUUGCAUGGUCUCUCUCGGGCUUCCCUAUGACUUCGGAGAUUCGUCUUUCUUGUACUCGCCCUCUUGCGAACGAAGUGGCCAGUACUACUGUCCUCCUGGCCUCCCCCUGGCUUUGAAGCUGACACUGAAGGCUGCCUGCCGAUCUUCCACCGUCUGGGCUGCCAUGCUGGAAGGCCUCAUCCCUGGGAUCGUUGCUGUGCGCCGCACUUUGGCGGUAGCUCUGAGCUCGGACCAGGAAGGAUCGAACGUGGCACGCUAUGCGCACGACUGGAUCACGCAGGAGGAGAUGCGUUUGGGAUGCUCACCUGAGCUCAUGAUGUUCGGUCUCUCCAGGAGUAUGCACAUGCUGGACACUAGCCGGAUUGGCCUCCCCAUGGCGCUCUGCCCGACCUGCUGUCGAACGGCGGCUGGCCGAUUGCGCGUGGUGUUUUUGAGGGAUCCAUUGGCGAGGAUGUCAAGCUUCUUUGAAGGUUACUUAACUCGAGUGAAGCACCAUCUUCUGCCUCAAAACGAUCCGCACUUGUUUGAGACCUGGGUUCGUUUGAUCCUGAGUCCAAACGCUUCGGCAUCUCCACUCUUCGAAGCAACUGAUUUGGAUCAUGUCCGGCCAUCGUUGGACAGGUCGCCGACAGAUGACCCUGAGCAGGUGAUCUUCUGCAUCGAGGAUGUGGAGAAGUCCCUGCGUCGUGUGGAAAGCGCUUUGUGUACCAGAUUCGGCCACUGCACCCCCUUGCCGAGCUUUCCUGCUGUGAAGCGGCAUACGAAGCGUGAGCCAAAGAUAGGAGUUGAGGUGGCCAGUCUCGUUCGCGAACAUUAUCGCUUCGACUACGAAGCUUUGACUUAUUGCUGA